AUGGCAGAGAGCCGCGAAGAGCUCGCCCCUGAGCACAGGGCAGCUCUCCCUGGCCGCAGGAAGCGGACCGAGGCCUUCAGAGCCGCGAGGCCGCCGGGCAGCUCGGGAAGCCGCUCGGAGGCUGCGCGGCGACGCCGGGCGCAGCGGCCGCUUCUCCCCAUCCAAAGGCCGACGGAGGCUUUUUGCACUGACUCCUCUUCUCUCAGACUAACCACUCUCCAGCUGGUCAAGAAUCACAUGGCUGUUCACUAUAAUAAAAUCCUUUCAGCCAAAGCUGCAGUGGACUGCUCAGUUCCAAUAAGUGUAAAUACCAGCAUCAAAUGUCAGAUGUCCAAUGAGAAUAGGCAGUUUGACAAGGCUAAUGAUGGGUCAAUGAUAGAUGCUACUAAAAUGAAGCAAGGAAUACCUAACAAUCCUCCCUCAGGAGAACCGCAAGACCAGGAUGUGCUGUUAGCAGUAAAUGAAUGUGAGAAGUCAGUGGUACCUUCUCCAGAAACACUGCACCUCAGUCUACCUAAAUCAGAUCAAGUCUUCAUGAUUGGUGAUGAGAAGAACUCCAGCUCCUGUCCUCCCAGCCUGGAUUAUCUCCCCGCAGCCCCCAGGAAAUCACGCUAUGGAACCAUGAAUGGCAGAAAGCCCAGGAACACACUCCCAAAUGCCCACAGAUUUCAGCUAGUCAUUUCAAAAGCACCCAGUGGGGAUCUAUUGGAAAAACAUUCUGACCUCUUUUCUAACAAAGAGUUGCCAUUCACUCCACGCACGUUAAAAACAGAUGCAAAAUCUUUCCUAUCACAGUAUCGAUAUUAUACACCUGCCAAACGAAAAAAGGAAUGUUCAGAUCAAAGGACGGAGGCUGAAACUCAGACUGAAUUAAGCAGCUUUAAUUCUGAUUUGGAGACAUCUGAGACAAAGAACUGGCCAGAAGUGGAAGUGAACACAAAGCAGGCAUCUAACAGUACAAUAAAUGGUUCUGAAGGACAGAUAAUUCCCCUGCCUUUCCAAGGGCAUAGCGUCACGUGGGACAAGAUUAAAGAUGCCACCUUGCAGCGUCCCUCUCAACAUGAAGAAGAGCUUUUGUAUCUAAGUUUCAUUGAAGAUGUAACAGAUGAAAUUUUGAGAAUUGGUGUAUUUUCCAACAGGUUUUUAGAACGCCUAUUUGAGCGACACAUAAAAGAAAAUAAACACCAUUUGGAAGAGGGGAAAAUGCGCCACCUGCUGCAAGGCCUGAAGAUAGACUUGGGCUGCCUGUGCGAGGAAAAUUCAGACAAGCUAAAUGAAGUUGACAGAUUGAAUGUACUUGACCUUUCAAAGGCUAUGAAUUCAAAACAAAAUGAAUUGAAACAUGAAACUGAUAUAGCAUUUCAACAGGAAUAUCGACAAUACCAAAAGGCUUUGGAUCUGUUACUGUCUGCACCAAAGAACGAGAAUGAGAUGUUCUCCUCACCUGGUGAAUUUAUCAUGCCCCCCUAUAAGUCAAAAUAUUCAGAAAAUGUCACAGUUCAACAGGUGAGUGACGAAAGCAAUCUUGGACCAGCAACUUGGGGUGAAAACCAUCCAGGAAUUUCAGACCAUUUAAUAGACCACCAAACCUCUGUACAUGUCAUUGAAGGUGACAAUGACACUGAGAAGGCUGAGACUUCGAGUGAAUUAUAUUCUCUUAGCUCAUUACUGUCCCCGUCUGGUCAGGUCUCUGGCAUCAAAGGUGACAAUAAUCAUGACAAGGAAUUACCAACUCAUCAAAUCAUGGAAAUGAGCAUUGAAGACUGCGAUUUAGAUAUUUGAUCAUCACUAAUAAAUACCCCAGAUGGCCAGUAACUCAAUAUAUUUUCUUUGUUUUCCUCUUAUAUGUUAAGAUUUCUGUAUAGUUUUCAAUGCUAAUUAAUA